AUAAAUAAUAGUAUUAGCAAAGACAUGGGGGCAGCGAAGAUCUGGAACGCCAUGGAAGUAGCAGAGGGAGCUCGCCACAGCGUUUCCUCCAAGAUUCCAUCUUCGCGCCUCACCGUCGAUCACUCUCUCUCUAUUCCUCUAAUGAAGCCUAAAAUCGUAGAACUGUGCAAGGACCUGUUCAACCAGUGGUUAGAUCUGGAUGAUUCUCACUUCUCUGUUGAGACAGUGUCUGGUGGCAUCACAAAUCUAUUGCUAAAAGUAUCUGUAAGAGAAGAUAAAGGAAAGAAUGGCAAUAUGACAAUUAGGUUAUAUGGUCCUAAUACUGAAUAUGUCAUUAACCGUGAACGAGAAUUACAGGCGAUUCAAUACCUCUCAGCUGCUGGGUUUGGUGCCAAGUUGCUAGGAGUUUUUGGGAAUGGCAUGGUUCAGUCAUUUAUUGAUGCACGAACUUUAACGCCCUCAGACAUGAGAAAUCCUAAGCUUGCUGCUGAAAUAGCAAAGCAACUUCGAAAGUUCCAUCAGGUGGAAAUUCCAGGCUCCAAAGAACCUCAACUUUGGAAUGAUGUGCUCAAGUUCUUCAGAAAAGCAUCAACUCUCCAAUUUGAUGAUGGUGAGAAGAAGUCAAAGUAUGAGACAAUUUUGUUCCAGGAAGUUCAUAAUGAAAUCACAUCGCUCAAGGAAUUGACUAACCGUCUUAACGCCCCAGUGGUUUUUGCCCACAAUGACUUACUUUCUGGAAAUCUGAUGCUUAAUGAGGAUAAAGGAAAGCUGUAUUUCAUUGAUUUUGAGUAUGGAUCCUACAAUUAUAGGGGUUUUGACCUAGGGAAUCACUUCAAUGAAUAUGCUGGCUAUGACUGUGAUUACAGCUUAUAUCCAAGUAAGGAUGAGCAGUUUCAUUUCUUCAAGCACUAUUUGGAUCCUGACCAACCGAAUGAGGUAUCUGACAAGGACCUUGAAGCUUUAUAUGCUGAGACCAGUAGUUACAUGCUUGCUUCACACCUAUACUGGGCUCUCUGGGCUUUGAUCCAGGCGAAAAUGUCACCCAUCGAUUUUGAUUACAUCAGUUAUUUCUUCCUGCGCUAUAAUGAGUACAAGAAGCAGAAGGAAAACUGUUUCUCUUUAGCCAAGUCGUAUCUUUCAAAGCCCGAGCAUGGUUAAAGUUUCAUUUAGCACAGUUCCAGAAACUCUUAAAAGCUGUCAAUUGACAUAUUUAGAUCUCAUUUGUUGCAAAUUGGAAAUUGUUGCUGCUGUAGCCAAGUAGGAUAGUGCAAAAUAAUUCUUUUUUCGUUUCUAUUUCUGCCAAAAUCAUGUAAAAGUUAACUGUUGUUUGUAAUUCAAAGUUCGAACAAAGGGAUACUAUGACAAACAAAUGAAGUACAAUUCUUUCUCCGCAAUUUCCGUA